CACACUUUGUGUAGAAUGAGAAGAAAGAAAAUUGUUAAUGAAAAAGAGCAUGUUCGCCUAAAAUGUGCAAUUUGUGAGCGGGUUUCGCCCCUGGAUUAACAAAAUACGUGACUUAUUCGCUACUUGGUGUAGGACAUGUUAUAAAACUCAACUUUUGCGAAUAAUUAAUACCACUGGGCUAAUGCAAUUGUCGAUUUCAUCCGGGAGUCUGGCUCAAUCUUUUAGGCCUGUAACUUGGAAAUUUGCCCACUACAAUAAACUUGGAUCUAACUCGAACAUUGGUAUGACCACAGAUAUGCUGAAAUUUCUGACCAAGAAAUUGAAAUCUCAGAGCUUAAGCGAGGGACAAAAUGGGAACCACCCAGAGGAUGCUGAUGACGAGGAACGUGACUCGGGGACGGAAUCUGAUGACAACUUUGACGAUGACAUUUAUGGCUCUAAUACAAGCUUGAAUGAUUUGACGAGAAAAGGCAACAACAACAACAACAACAACAAUUCUAGAGACAGUUUACAAGACAACGGCAAAUCAUCCGACCUGCCAGCAGCAAAAACGCAUGAGAUCAGCGAACACAACUUUGACACAGUCAGUUGUACAUCUGAUUAUGAGCGACAAAGUUUGGACUUUGACAGGCACAGUUCUGAAGAUGAACUGGGCUCAAUAAAUAAGGAAAACGUGGCGGAAAAACGUAAAUGGUCGGACGUUCAUUGUUCCGGAUGCUGUGAUAGUGCUGGGGAAUCCGACGACGAGGUGAAAGAAUUUCUGCUAACGCCGCAGCCGGUGUUAUUAAGUUCCAGCCCACCUAAAGGUGUUCAAAGAGUUAGAGUGUACACAAAAAUCGCGAAUCAGACUCAAAGACAAGUUUUAGCUCGGAUGGCGCCGAUAACCGUGACAUCAGUGUCACCACGUAAACGACACAGAUUGAACUAUGCGUCAGAUAAUGUGUAUGAUUCCGACUCAGGUCCCGCUACGCAACGGCCCUGUCUGGAUUUUGAAAAAAUGCAGCAGGUGCAAGCGUUCGUUUGACCCUGUUUAUUGUGUUCAACUAAGCGUGUAUAAACAGGGUGAGAUAAUUUCGCAGGGCCACAAAACUAAAUAUACACACAAUUUACUCUACGACAGAAGAUGGUAGAGACUUAUUCAGGGCUAAGCUGACGCCUGUUUUCAAACCCGGCUGACGCAUUUUAGGGCACGUGGAAUGGAAAAUAAGACAUUUGCUGUUCACAUUCUUUUCCAUUGUUGUUAACAUGAUGACCAACUUCUUCAUUACCUUCUUGCUGCAUACGCAAUUUGUGAUUCUUACGAUGUGAAUAUAUUUUGCGCUAGUGUGGCAUUAGGAAUUGUCAUACUCUCUCAAACUCUAGUAGAGCAUGUUUGUUACCAAUCAUGCUUUGUGUAAGAUUCAUGCAGCUUUUAGAAUUUAAUGUAGCGACAUGACUGUGAACAAAAAUUAGUGGUAUGUAACCCAAGCAUGUGAUGUUAUCAUUUAAACACUGCACAAUUGGCUAAACAUAUCUGACAGAUGCAUUGAUGGUGAUAAGUGAGAUUAUGAAAGCAUUAAAUUAGUGGUUUAUGUUUUUAAUAUGCUUUGCAAAUGUCAGAUAAGUUUAGUCAUGGGACAUUUUUGUGUGAAAAUUGUAUUUUUUUCUAAAUGCAAGUCUACCUCAGGAGUAAAAAAUAAAUUAGGGGCUGUACAUGUAUUUGGAAUGAGUGUUGUGAGAUGUGAGGCCCUGACAGGGGUAAAAAUUAUUUUGAUAAAAAUUCCAUAUUUUGAGGCCCAUCCAUUGGGUCUAGUGUAAUUUUUAUUUCUCAUAUGAAUUCAAGGAAUAUGCUGUGCAUAGUCUCAAGAUGUAUUUUUUAUAUUUCUGUUUUUUAAAGCUCCUUGAAUUUUAAAGGGACUCGUUCAGAGAUUUUAUGUUAGCAACAUUUUUAUUAAACUUGUUCAAAUCAAGAUAUUUUGCUUAUUUUUAGCAAAGAGAAGCAUUAUAGGUCAUAUUUUUUAUAUUAUUGUGAACAACAGAGCUCUUAUUUGAUUUUUGGGGGUUUUAUCGUACGCACAGUCAUGGUUCACAUUUACAGCUGCACUCUCACAGAUUGAACUUUUUAUUUUUGGUCUUGGAAAGAGCCAAUUUUAGCGUACAUGUAAAUUUCUGGAAACCAGUGAUAUUAGACUGCUGGCAAAAGAUCAGAUCAUAGGUGUUCAUAUUUGCGUUUGAAAAUUGCUAUUUUAUGGCUAAAGCGUUACGUAACGCUUUAAGAAAAAAUGAGUUUCUGCUGUUUUCCAAACAAUUGAGAUUUGUUCUAUUGUGUGUUAUCUUAUAUGACUGAAUUGAAGGCAUUGAUGCCAAAAUCAGCUGAUUCUAAGACAAAAACUGUGAAUUUGUGAGAGUGCAGCUUUAACAAUUUGAUGUCUAGCUCUAUAAAAUGUGAACGAGUCCAUUUAACUGAGGCAUAGGUAUGUGUUUGGAGAAGAUUAUGAAUAUAAAUGCAGGUUUAGUUUGAUAUUAAAAUGUUCAGGGAUAAUGUUGUGUGUGGUAAUAAUGGUUUUUCCACAGCUCAUAGAUAGAUAGGUUUUGCACAAUUUUAUUAUCCAAUGGUGUUGUGUUUGAUAAAUGGAAGUUUUAAUUGGAGUUUUAUUGUAUGGUGAAUUUCUAUUCUAGGUUUAGUGUAUCUGUAUGUUUAAUAAUUAUUUUCAACACAUUUUCUUUGCCGUAAAUAUGUCUUUUGCUUACAAAGGUCUGCAAUAUCGAGAUUCAUUUGAUAUAUUGCAUUGCCGUUUAAUGUUUCAUUUUCAUGGCAUUUCAUGAAUUUCUGUUAAUAGCAGUAUUUGUUUUCAGUGCUAUAUAUAGCUAUUUUUUCCAAAAAUGUAAUUAUAUAAAUUGCUCUAUUGCUAUUUGUUGUUCAAUUUGAUAAAAAUGUAAGGUGUUCCCAUAUUUAACACAUGCUAUCCUACAUAAAAAUUAUACUUAACUUUGAGUGUAAAAGUAUAAUAAAAACGACUCAAAGCGUAGAAUUUUUAUGUGUUUGUGCAUUGUCAUUGUUUCUCUAAAAUUCAGGGCAUUUUAGAAUUUUGUGUAGUUCCAUUUGUUAAAUUGGUAUUUCAUUAUUAUGUCUUUUGAACAUGUACAUUGAAAGAUGUAUGUAAUAUAAUAUGAAAAAAGAGAAAAAAAAUACAUUAAAAAUUA